CACCGAAAGACACAUAGAAACGUAGGGAGAGAGAGAGCCAUGCAUGCUAGCUAACCAAAGUAGCCACUGAUGCACGACCGCCCGGCCGAAGCGUUGAAGGUGGCAACGGCAGGGCCUACCAUGUGCGCAAAUUUUUUGAAAGUGACCAGCAUGGUUGAACAGCACAACAUAAUUUGUAUAAAACUGCUUCUUCAGCACUGGGAAAGGCACAGUCCGCGAACAGUCCUCGUCCGAUUUGGAUCAACCAGGAGGUUCGCGCUUAGAGAAGCACUCAAUAGUUCUAUCAGGUGUUGUUCAUUGCUUUGCAAAGUUCACAGAGUUCAACAAUGAAGGCCUUUGUGUUGGGAUCAGUGCUGCUGGUGGCUUCGGUAUGCUCCGGAUCGUAUAUUCCUCGCGAUACUCCUGAAGUGGCCGCUGCCAAGGCUGCUCACUUUGCGGCUCAUGCUGCUGCCGGAAUCGGUUUAGGCGGCCAUCACUGGAAUCAUCACGAAGCCUCUAUUCAGAAGUGGCACGGACCGAUCCACAUUCCCAAGAUCUACAAGGGCGUCCCAGUCGAAACCCCCGAAGUUCAGCAUGCCAAGGCAUUCCACGCUGCCGCUUAUGCCAAGGUCGCCGGAUACGCUCAGCACGAUGACCAUUAUGAUGGACAUCAUGACGCCCAUCAUGUCCCAGUUCAUCAUGAAGGCGGAGCCUGGCACGGACCCAUCCAUAUCCCAAAGAUCCACAAUGGAGUCCCAGUGGAAACCCCUGAAGUCCAGCAUGCCAAGGCUUUCCACUUGAACGCUCUGGCCAACGCUGGUGCUCAAUCCUACGGACCUUCCUCUUGGGCCGAACACGGUCAAGGACACGAAGAUGAUGGCUCCUACAAACCCCAUUUGUAUGAGUCCGAACAGUACUAAAUAAGUCCCCAUUCCACCAAUGCCAAACCUCAUAGGAAUAAGCCACUUAUAAGAUACUCAUCACUCUGUCCCCGCCAGCGAAAAAUGACACCAUUUCAUUAACGCAUGUGCACUUCACCGCAACUAUUGAGUGCCUCGUAGAAUUGUCAAACUGGAAGAGUUCUCCCACAAACAUCACGCAGCCGACCAUCGAAGUCAACAUCCAUCGAAGUAGCCUGCGCUUAAACUCCGAUUUGUGGGAGUAGCUUCAAACGAACGCUUAAAAACGCUGGAACGAUCAAAGACUGCUUAGAUCCAAGUCUAUUUAAUGUUCAAAAGCAACAUCUAAAAAUCUAGACGAGACUCCAAAGAAAAAUAAGAGCAUAGAGAAGAAGGCCAUGCGAGACGACGACACCUUUACGCACAGCCAGUUACACUCUGUAAAUGAAGCUGUUUAAUGAACUGAACGAUAAAUACUACCAAAUGCAAAGCAAAGAUUUAAA